AUGGCAGAGUCUCGCUCCUGGUGGAGGGAUUCCCCCUCGCCUGGUCCUUCUGAAGACGCUUAUACAUUCGAGUCCAAACCACUGGAAGUAUCUGCGUUGCCAGACCCGGACAAUGAACAGCUGUUGACCAGACGCGUCCAUAUUCUCGGCCUCGGGAGUAUCGGAACCUUGGCCGCCCAUUCUUUGAGAUGUUUGCCCAAUCCUCCUCCGAUCACUCUAAUGAUUCACCGGCAAGAGCAAUAUGAAGUAUUCAAAAGAGGUGGCCGUACUAUCAAUCUGAUAAACAAGCAGAACGAGACCAAUGACGAGCAAACGGGAUACGAUGUUGACCUGUUCGCCGGCUAUGGAGAGGACGGCAAGGCGCGAUGGGACUUUAUUCCUGACAGGCGUUGGGACCAACCACAGACCAAUCCUGUGGAGGAAGGAGAAGAGAUGCCAUCCGGCGAGCUUUACAUCUAUGCCUUGAUCGUUGCCGUCAAGGGUCCGACCACGGUUGCUGCCCUCCGCUCUGUCAAACACCGUGUCAACGCAAAGACAACGAUCUGCUUCAUGCAGAAUGGGCUUGGCCAGAUUGAUGAACUCAAUCAAGAGGUCUUCACCGAUCCUGAGACACGCCCGACCUACAUGUUGGGAAUUGUGUCCCACGGCGCAUACAUGUCGCAGCCUUGUACAGUCGUCCACGCUGGCUACGGCUCAAUAGCUCUAGGCAUCUGUCGAGAUACCGAUCGGUUCCCGCUCCCUCCAAAGGCACCAGUGCGGCACCUGUGGGAGUUGUCGGAAGAAGAGAGGAAGAAGCACCAUCCAACCGACAAAGAACUCUUUGCGAACCUCUCUUCGCGUUAUCUCCUGCGUACUUUGACCAGGUCGCCGGUCCUGGCAUGCGCGCCAUUUCCAUACUUGGAUUUACUGCAACUGCAGCUCGAGAAGCUUUCCUCCAAUUGCGUCUUGAACCCUCUCACUGCCCUCCUCGAUGUCCCCAACGGAGCCCUGCUCAAUAACGAGGAGUUAUUACCUGCCCAAAGGCUUCUUCUGGCCGAGAUAUCUCUCGUCAUCCGGGGUCUUCCUGAGCUGGAAGGUAUCCCCAAUGUCCAGCACCGGUUCUCCUCCAAGCGACUUGAGCAGCUGUUCACGGGCGUGACGCAGCGGACGGCGCAGAAUUCGAGCAGCAUGCGGGAAGACCUCCGCCAUGGCAAGAAACCAGAGGUCGACUACAUCAACGGCUACAUCAUCAAGCGGGGCGAGCAACAAGGCAUUAAGUGUGCCGUAAACUUCAUGCUCAUGCAGCUGAUCAAAGGCAAGAGUUUCUUGAGGACGGGCGCAGGUCUGCCCUAUGCCACAACACAGAUCCAGAGCGAGGUCGAUCCGCAUCGUCCCGAUUCAGUCACCAUCACUGACAACAGCACUCCGCGGAGAGACGGCAUGGAGUGA